AUUUUCUCUAAAUCCCUCUUCUGUUUGCUAAAUCUCACUGUCACUGCUAAAAUCAGAGCAGAUCGAGCCUGCGCAAUGGAAUAAAUGUCCUCAAUAUUGAAAUGUAAAUUGCUCUCAACAUCUCACCUCUCUUUGGAUUUCUUUUUUUUUCUUUUUUCCCCCUUCAUUCUUUCUGCUAACCAAUUCAUUUCCAGAGUUUGCACUUAAGAAGCAAUGGGAAAAAUCAACAGUCUUUCAACACAAUUAUUUAAGUGCUGCUUUUGUGAUAUCUUGAAGGUAAAGAUGCUCACUGUGUCCUAUGUUCAUCUCUUCUACUUUGGCCUGUGCGUUCUCACUUUGACCAGUUCGCCUGCUGCUGCUGGCUCAGAGACACUUUGUGGUGCUGAAUUGGUAGAUGCUCUUCAGUUUGUCUGCGGAGAAAGAGGCUUCUAUUUUAGCAAACCCGCUGGAUAUGGAGGCAAUCGACGUUCAGUUACUAGAGGAAUAGUGGAUGAAUGUUGCUUUCAAAGCUGUGACCUGACGCGACUGGAGAUGUACUGCGCUCCUGCUAAACGAGAUAAAACCGCACGAUCCGUACGUGCGCAGCGCCACACUGACAUACUCAAAGCACAAAAGAUAACCAGAGAAAUACAAGCGAAGAAUGCAAGUAGAGGAAACACGGGAAACAGGAACUUCAGAAUAACCAACAAUUGGAUUACCUGGGGCCGGAUCUAGAAAAUCUGGAUUCAGAAACUGGAUUAUAUGGCAGCGUAGAUGGGGCCUAGGUCCACUAUUCCUCAUUUCCUUCUUAAAGUAGCCCCCAGGAAAAAUUGCUGACCAAGAAACUAUAGCCUAUAGGAAACUACAGUCUCUAGUCAAUUAUGUUUUUGAAGAAGAGUCAGUCAUCCAAACUGGUUUCAAUUUUGCAAAUUACUUUUUAAAACUCUGAACAAGGCUCUUGGAGUCUCUUCAUCAUUUCCACCUAGUCAUUUGAAAGAAGGAAAACUAUUUGAAUACAUGAUUAACCCUGCUACCAAAUCUCUUAAUAUAAGAUUUAAAAUGAAGUCACAUUAUCCACACAUGAAAAAACAUAGAUAGAGCCUAACUUGUCCAUCUACUAGAAUAAACUAUUAGGUGUCUCAGUGAGAGAUAGCCCUUCCAAUCAUCUGAUGCAUAAUCUUUUCCAUUGGAAAUGGAAAGCAUUGAACCUGGGAUCAAUGUUGUAGAGCAUGCAGACCACGCUCUACCACUAAAUUAUGUUUUUUCCUUGUAUAGACAGAUAUUCACUAUUUCAUCAUGUUUAUCAUAAACAAAGCCACUUUGGACAGAGAUACUAAUGGGACAGGGAAAAAAUUAAAAUAUGAGUACUUGAGCAGUAAUAUCUCUAUCACGCUAUCGUGAGGCACUAGGGGAAAGCCAUCUGUCCUCAGCCUCAUAUUGCAUUAAAUAUGAAUGUUUUAACUUUGCUCUGUCUCUUCAGUAACCUAUAGUAUUUAACCUAUAACAUAGCCCCAAAAUCUCUAUUUCUCACAUUUAAGGUCUGUUUUAUUUGUUUUAAAAAACAAAUUAAUAACUAAUUAUAUUAGGAUGCAUCAACAAAUGAGACACAACUAACAUGGCUGCCCAAAAAGUAUGUGUUGGCUUUUUUGGUGAUUCUACCAUAUCCUACCAGAUCUAUUUGACAUCACUACAAAUAUGCUAAGUUCUUCUCUACCCAUCUGUACAAUGAAAAAAUAUCUUUUCUUAGGUUUUCUUGAAUAUUACCAAACUAGUUAUACAAUCCUGUGAUCUGGUAUUCAAGUAUACAUCCUUAUUUAAGGUUAUCUUCCCAGAUGCUUUCAUAAUGUAGAGCAGGGAUGAGGACCUGUGAUCCUUCACCACCAUGAUCUCUGACCACUGACCAUUUUAGCUAUUGCCGCCAGAGGUAUUAUUCAAACAUCUCAAAGGCUUCAACCUCUUCACUCAUGAUGCAAACGGGAUCUAAUUUAUUUUAUUUUAUUUUUAUAUAUUCUGGAGAGGUCCCACAACUGCAGUGGCUUCUUUUGGACUCAAUGGAGACAACAUGCCUUUUCUACUUGUUUGAUCCUGUCCCGUACUAAUAAUGAUCACAUCUCAAACAUUAAGAUACAAUUUGUACAUCUGUGCCCCAUGUUACUGCAUCUGGGAGGCUCGCUCUUGUGAUUUGCAUGGCCUCAGCAGCCUUUUGCCAAGUAAAUAAAUUAGUCACACCUGGAACCAAUUGAAAUCCAUAUGAAAAAUUAGUUGUGGCUAUUUUUUCAAGUCCAGAUGAUUUAUCAGGAACUAAUGUAUAUCUUAAUAUUGAUUCACUCAUUGUAUCCAUUCGUCAUCUCUUUCUGAUAGUAUAACCCAGUAUCCUCUAAUAUUUUCAUGAUUGCCUGGGUAAAAUUAUGACAUCAUAUAAUAACCCAAGCCCAGAUACUUUGCAGCAGUUAUUGCUGUGAUUUAUUUGCUGCUAUCGCUGCACCUAACAUUGGAGGUGAAGGUUGGCAUCCCACUUUUGGGUUUCAGUUCCAUUUCUAUACAGUAUAUGGAUCCUGCAGAUAGCAGAGUCCCAUAAUUUAAUGGUGGCUGGUUGUCCACUAAGUCUGCAUGCUUAGAUUACCUAAUGUUUAACUCGCUCUGGGAAACACAAACAGAACCAUUGCUAAUGAGGGGGGGGGGGGACACUAAAGAAAAAACUGAAUUUACAUGUAAACUGUUGGUUGGUGCAAUCCUAAUUGAAAAUUCUAUUUCUUUCUCUUCGCUGUUCCUAAAUAAUGUUUUUCUUUACUAAACCCUGCUUAUCUUAUUAUAGACACUACAUGAAAUACAUUUGCUGCUAAAAAAGAAUCAACAUUAUAUUCCACUUGCAUGUUGCAUGUUGGUGUGCUUGGCAUGAAUCCAGGAAAUAUUGUAAUUUCAUGCAAAAAAAAAAAGAAAGCCACUGUUAAUAUGAGGUAGCUUUCUCCCAUGUUACAUGUCUACAAUUUCAGGUUUCUCAAAAAGCAUUUCCAUGACCUGGAGCUCUAAUGAACCCUAGAACUUGAACAUGUAGAACCUGUGUGUGCGAACACAUUCUUAUUUACAUGUUUACCUUGGAAAACAAAUAGAUAAUGAAAAAGUUUUUAAACAAAACAAAACAUUCAGUUACCUAACUACAAUAGCAGGAGUAAACUUGAUUAAACUCAAAUGGACUGAUUGUUGUUAAUUGCCAUCAAGUGACUUUCAACUUACGGCGAUCCUAUGAAGGAGAGACCUCCAAGACACACUCUCCUUAAAAAAAUAACUUAGAAGCAAUGGCAAAUUAUUUUAUUGCUCAGCAGUUCAAAACACUAGACAGAAUAUUUUGGCGGUAAAUAGAAAUGAAUGUCCCAGUUCUGAGUAUAGUCACACAUUCCACUGUUAAUAGUCUGGCUCUGAAUUAAUGCAGUUUGACACCACUUUAAUUGAUAUGGCACAAUGCUGUGGAUCUAUGUGAGUUUGGUGAAAUACCAACACUCAUUGGCAGAGAAGACUAAAGACCUUGUUAAACUACAGCUCCCGGUAUUCCUUAGCAUUGAGCCAUGGCAGUUACAAUAGUGUCAAACUGCAUUAAUUCUGCAGCGUAAAUGCACCCCGAGAUGUCACUCAGAACACAUACAAGUGGAAAUCUGCCCACUGUUAGCAGUGUCACUGUAAAACUUCAUUUGAAGAAGCAGAACUCCAUUUGCUAUAAUAGGCAAUCUAAUUUGUAAACAGAUCUUGGCUGCUGAUAGGUUAAUUUUGUUUUAUUUUUUACUUUGCAAAAGAGAAAAUGAAGUGCUCCAUUACCCUUAAUUUAUGAACGGCACUUUGCUAUUAAAGAAUAAGAUUUAAGGGAUGUCAUAAGGGACAUCACACAGCCAAUAUGCCACUUUAAACUGUGCUAGCACUGAGGGUGGGGCAGAUGGGACGGGAGAGCUCUGUGCAUGUAGGUGAUUUUGUGCGCCUUAAUUAUUGUUGCUUCUUUCUUGUAAUCAAGCUUAAAUGCCUGUUAUAAGCCAUCUACCAAAAUUGUAUUGUAAUUUAGGUUUAUUUCCACUUGCAGCCCAAUCCCCAAAGCACUCCGCCGGCAAAAAUCCCAUUGAGGACAGGAGGCUUAAGCAUGAAACUUGCCUGCACCAAACUUACGCACAGGCAAGUUUCCUUAUACUAUACAGUAAAUGAGAACAUCUUUUACUUUGAGGCAUGACAGAGUGACUCUGAUGCAUUUGUAACCAACUCCGGUGAUGACAAAUAAGUUCUGACCCAAGGAGAAUAACGAAGCACCCGAAACAACCACGCGGUACAUUCCAACAUACUUCUCCAAAUACAUUUGACCAGCCCAGAUCAGAAAUCCUUACUGAUAAAAAGGCAUUAAAAUAUCAGAAUGUGACAGUGUGUUUUACAUAAUUCUGAGGCAUUCUGGGAAUUAUACAAAUUUCUACUAUCAGCUGGCUUUGCCCAAGGUCUUUUUAUAUCCAUCCGACCUGGAAACUAACAGGGCUAAGAGCUGGCGGAUAUAUAGAUGGGUGAUCCUAUACAAAUAUGUAAUUUUGUAAGUACAAUAUAUAAAGGUUCUUCAUUACUUUACUAGCUGUCAAACUGCUACUAUGUUAAGACUGAUAUUCAUUUGUUUUCCAGAGGGUCAUUCUUUCAUACUCACUGAGCUAGGUUUCAUAAUCCACCCAGUUGCAUUAAGGGUAUGAUUAAUGUCAUGGAUUCAAAAGUAUAAAUGUGUAUAUAGGUGAUAUGCUUGAAUUUCUAAAAAUUACAUUACAGAAGGCUAUUGGUUCCAUAAUAUAUACAUUUUUAAAAUCCAUAAUGAAGAGGAGUAUUAUUUGCUUACAGUCAACCACAUCAGCUUUGUUUUGCCAUCAUCCUCAAAGCAUUUUGGUGGCCCAAGUCCUGCUGAAGUGAAUGGGCAAUACACCAGCACAACGCUUUGUAGAUUGGGCUGUAAAUGUUUGGAUAUGUGCAGUUUUCAUUUUCCCCUCUGUUCAUUCAAAAUGUAAACUGUCAUGACUUGAUGACAAGUAAAUAAUAUUUCAUACUAUGUAUGUAACAUUGGUGUGUUGCAGUACUCCCCAUCCCAUGCCUACUACAGAUUUAAUGGUAACACCCCAUUAUUCUCUCCAUGUUUCAAUGUACACACAGGAGGUUCAAGCAAUGAUUUUAAUUUUAAGUACAACUGGAUCAGAAGUCACUAAGAACCAUUCAGUCCAUGUGCCAUCCACACUUCAUGCAAAUUGUAAAACUGGUUAAACAUUGUUCCAGAAACAAAUCGUGUAAAGCUUUGUUUUAAGUGGCUCAUUUUAUACAUUUAUCAUGAUACGUCCAAAUGAUUUCAAGAGCUAGCUGUUUGAUUUCCAUUGCUUAUAUGUUUGUUUUUCUAAAUCUCCACUGAUUACAGUAAAAAGGAAAAGGGGGGCUUGGUCACACUGUAUUAAAUAAAGGCUACAGCAACCUUUGGUUUGUAGAAUGUACUGAAAUGUUUGCAGCCCUCCUUGGAUCCAGUCCAAAAUGUGAAAUAUUACUGUAAGAGGGUAUCUUUCUAAUGUAUUUGUAUGUAUAGUUUACACCUCUGUGAGGUCUAAUAAAGAACAAUGGUUAAUAAA